CUCAAACCAAAAACACUUCUCAACUAUUUCCUACUUCAAAAUCUCUCAAUUCUCAAAUCUCUAAAAUGGGGUUCUCUCAAAUUACUCUACUCCUCCUUGUUCAGCUAAGCUUGAUCAACUUGUGUUUGGGCACAAGAAAGCUUAAUUCUCUUUACCAACCACCACCCAUGUCUCUAACAUACCACAAAGGAGAUUUGCUUGAAGGAAACCUCCCAAUUUCCAUUCUUUGGUACGGAGAUUUCUCACCAGCCCAGAAAUCCAUUGUCUCAGACUUUCUUCUCUCUCUAAACCAGCAAAACCAACAACAACAAAAGCAAAAUCCCUCGGUCUCUAAUUGGUGGAAUACCAUCCAAAUUUACAUGAAAAAAGCUGGAAAGAAACAAACCAACGUUGUCGUAGCAAACCAAGUUUCAGACAAUAACUACUCCAUUGGUAAAAAGUUAACGAAAUCCCAGAUUUCCGAGUUGGCACACGUGGCCAACUCAAAACCCGGAGGGUUGACCUUAGUUCUCACAGCUCAAGACGUGGCGGUCGAAGGCUUUUGCAUGAGUAACUGCGGGUUCCACGGCUCUGACACAAAGCUCAAAUCCGCUUUCAUCUGGGUCGGCAACUCGGUGACUCAGUGUCCAGGUCAAUGCGCAUGGCCAUUUCACAAACCCAUAUACGGACCACAGACCACACCACUGGGUGCACCCAAUGGGGACGUGGGUCUAGAUGGCAUGAUCGUAAAUUUAGCGAGCCUAUUGGCUGGAACCGUGACGAACCCAUUUGGAAACGGCUACUUCAUCGGCUCGGCUGGCGCGCCACUCGAAGCGGCUUCGGCUUGUCCUGGGGUGUACGGUAAAGGAGCCUAUCCGGGUUACGCUGGGGAGCUUUUGGUGGAUUCGGUAACGGGUGCGAGCUAUAAUGGUUUUGGUGUGAGUGGGAGGAAGUACUUGUUGCCAGCACUGUUUGACCCGAAUACUUCUCAAUGUUCAACCAUUGUGUGAGAGAGUGCUGAGAUGUACACACGUGGCUUCUAGUCAUGAUUUUUCAUGUUUGUAUUGUACAUAUAUCUACGUGUGCAUAAAAAUUUAUAAUAUUUAAUUAUGCUUAUUUUGAUUCUUAAUAUUUGAUAUUUAUCUAUAUCUA